UUUGUGUUCACACAAAACUAGGGCCCAGUAUGGAUCGCACGCGAAGACCAAAACCACCAAGAACGCAAACUCACAGGACGACACAGGAACAUACAGGAUGGACAGAGGCAUAUCUAAGGGUCCAAAUGAACGAGAAAGAACUAGAUCUUUCGGGCAAGUCUCUGAACGAAAUACCACCAGCUGUCUUCCGUAUCAAGGAACUUGAAAUCCUGGACGUGUCAGACAACCCUCUGGGUUCCAUACCGGCUGACAUUGCGAGUCUUCCUAACCUAAAGGAGAUGAGAGUAGCUGGUUGUCCCAUCACAGAAAUCAGUGGUACCAUUUCACAGUGCAAGUAUCUGAGCAGAAUGGACUUUUCACGGAAUCCGUCAAUUGCUGCAGUAACUCUUCCAACAACAAUGGAGCAGCUUAGGUACCUUGAGCACGUUGUUUUGUGCAAAUGCAACCUCAAAUCACUCCCAGGCAACCUUACUGUCCUGGACAAAGUUAAAACCCUUGAUCUGUCAACAAAUGGCUUGACAACCCUCCCAGACGACAUGUCAGGUAUGAGGCAACUUAAGAUCCUGGUCCUCAACAACAACGCAUUUGAACGCAUUCCAGGAUCAAUCAAGUCGCUCGGAUGUCUUGAAAUCUUAGAAAUGAAGAAUAACAAACUGAAAAACCGCCAGCGCGACUUACAGCUGAACGUCCCUCGGAAGUUGAAGAUCUUGGAUAUGGAGGACAAUAGUUCCUUAUGUUUCCUACCAGGAGGACUUGAGAAGCUGGAACACAUUGAGAAACUCAAUCUCAGCUAUUGUGGCAUUGAGACCCUUCCGGACUCUUUUGGACAAUCAUCAGCUUUGACUGAAAUCCACCUUGCCGGCAACAAACUGCGCACGCUUCCGGACAGCUUUGGACAAUUACUGAACCUGGAGACCCUAGAUUUGGAAGGAAACCGCCGCCUGUUCGGUUUGCCUCCCACACUUCACCGCCUGCGGAAGCUGAAAGACAAAAAGAUAGGGACAAAAGCAGGCCUUGUCCUAAAUGACACCCCAAGACUGGAACUGCCAAACCACAAAAUCGUCAGAGAAGGCGUGGCCUCCGUCCGCACUGAGCUGUUAGCAGAAGACUGCUUCAACAAGGUCACAACCACCAUCGCGACGGAGAUUAUUGACGAUGCAAUCAACGACGUUCUGUCAGACGACAUAAUCGGCAGUUUGUGGGUCAUGUGGGAACGUGAGAUUAUCUUAGAUGCAAAGGCACGCCUGGUGAUGGAAGAGCUUGUGGAGGAAGUCGUUCAAGCAACAACAAAGGCAAUCGUCCUGGAACAGGAGGCAGAAUGGCGCCUCGGCCAAACUUUUCCAGAUGAAUACGAUAAGGCAUUUAGCUAUGAGGUAUCAACAGACACAAGCAUCGUGCAGUCGCUGGACCUCCCUGCAGGCUGCAACCUGAGCAUUCCUCCCGGAGCUACAGAGGAAGACACAUCAGUUAUCACAGUUGUUCUGAACCCACACGGGUACGACGGAACGCUCGAGCUUGACGACACUCAGCUACUGGUCAGCGACAUCAUCGAGAUGCGACCAUCAGGAAUGACGUUCUCCAAACCCGUAAAGCUCAAGAUCCCCCACUCCUUACCCAAGUUUGACUGCGAACGGGAGUACAUUGUGUUGACAUCAGAAGAUGACGGGGGUACGUGGACGGCUCUGGAAACACGGAGCGAGCAAGAGCAGGGACAGCGAUUUGUUACGGUAGAGGUAACGCACUUCUCUUCGUUCGCUGUCGUGGCGAGUCCAUUGGAGCACUUCCACAGAGUAAGGGCAGGCGAAGCAUCAACACUAACAUCCUCUGAUCUGACAGGAAUUGAAAUAAAUCUUCCUGAGGACUGUAUCCUUGAAGAAGAAGAGAUCUCGUUCACUGUGACGCCAGUCGACAGAGACACGCUUUCCUGUGCUGGGAUAGUGGAUUCUGUAGACAACAUGAGUCACAUUGUCAACUUCUUCAAAGGCAGCAACCUGCUGUUGAACCGCCCCGCUACCGUUGUCCUGCCCUUGUCACCCGGAGAAGAAGACAGUCGGGUCCGUGUCCUCAGCUGUAAUGAGAACGGAGAAUGGGAAGAUGUCACCAGUAAAGUGGGGGAUGUCGUUCUACAGGGAUCAAAGGUGGCUUUCCAGACAGACAGACUCAGUUCUGGUUUUGUCGUGCUUCGCUGCCGUGAUGGGACUGAUGUUAGCGGAAUCGUCAACCUGGUGACCAGAAACGUCCGGGCCCGACGCGUCAGGACUGUCAUCUUCAAGAAAUGGAAGGAGCCCCGAGAAGACGGCGUCAUGACUGCCCGGAUGGAGUGUGUGCUUGAGGAGUCUGUGGACGAUCGCAUCUGUCGUACCAUUACCGAGGACAAAUACGAGCUGCAGGUAGGCACACCAACCCCUCCAGUCGCCAUGAUGGAAAACGAGACCGUCUGCGCCAUCUUCCACGGAAACAUCCGCCCUGCAGAUGUGGAGAUGGUGAACGGCAUGUACGGAGUCAACUUCAGGUUCUACUGUGAGAGAACACGUAGGUUGGAGUUUGACGUAAAGGUCCUAGAUUUGGGUGAAGACUCGUUCUCCAUGGUCGAGUUGUAUCCCGGGCGAAGGGAAAACUAUCACACUAUGAGUGCCUGGGAAAUGGCGGAGCCUGCAACGCCUCUUGCAAUCGCUGAAAUAACUGCACCUAGAAACCAAGAGGUCAGCGUUCAGCGAUCAGGAGAAAGUGGUCGAGGGAACACCUGCUGGGAAUCAGGAGAAAGUGGUCGACAGUACAGCGGUCAGCAAUCAGAAGCAAGUGCUGUUGGCGGUUAUGAAUUCGAUGACCAGCUUAAUAGCAACUAUCCUAGUGUGACAGUUGACAGCAGGCUCCCCAUCAUCGACUAUGAACAGCUAGACUUCCCGGGGACGUCCCUUAUUGGCCAAGGGGGAUUCGGGUCUGUGAAGAAGGCCUUUCAUCGGAGUUGGAGACAGGAAGUGGCCGUCAAAAGUCUGACCCUUGAAAUAUACGGAACAAGUGAGCAAGAUCUGCUGUACUCUGAGGCGAGGAAGCUGAACGUGGGGAGUCGGUCAGACUACGUCAUUCGUCUCUUGGGCAUCUGCCUUCAGCCACAAUUCGCCAUCGUGAUGCCCUUCAUGGAGAACGGAUCCCUUACCGAGCUACUGCAAAACAUCGACGUGCCCUGGGCCCUGAGGUGGAGAAUGGCACGAGAGACAGCCAUGGGGAUGACUUUUCUGCACAGCCAGGAUCCCCAGAUCAUCCACUGUGAUCUAAAGGCAGAGAACGUUCUGCUUGAUCGCGACUUCCACGUGAAGAUUUCAGACUUUGGCCUUUCAAAAUGGAAGAUGCAGUCCCGCAUCGUGACUGAAACGAGCCCGAUGGGCGGGACCCCCACGCAUGUCCCGCCGGAGUUCUUUGACACAGACGCCGGUCCAACCGACAAGACUGAUGUGUACAGUUUUGGUGUUCUACUGUGGGAGAUUGUGACCCGAAGAAGGCCCUAUCGAGAUAUCCAAGGCAGAUUGAACAUCAGCACGCCACUCAGUUGUUACGUGACAGGCGGAGGGCGGCCGGACAUGUCACUGGUCCCCACAGACGUGCCGGGUGUAGACACUGUUAACCAACUGAUGCAAGCAUGUUGGAGUCAGAGUCCAGAUGACAGGCCUUCGUUCCAAGAAUGUGUGGACAAACUGCGUGAUGUGAACGACUUAUCCAGUGAUGAGGACGUUCUAGAGGCCAUCAUCAGCGUACGGAGGGCGAAGAAGGCUGCCAGGAGAUAAUUCCGCAGUACGCCAAAGACCACAAAGAAGAUGAUUUGGACACAUGCCAUGCCGAAACUAAUCUAUUCGGGUUUUAUACUGUGACUUUGCUUCAUCAACGUUUAUUUGUUUGCCAAAGCGCUUUCUAUAGGAUGAGCACAUUGAUGUAAAUAUUCUUGCAAAUGGAUUUUUCCACAAGGAGGCUGAUUAUACCCAUCACAUUGCACGACGAGUCUGCGAGCUCUAAAUGGCAUUCUCGGCAGAGCAUUUUCAGCCAUUUUGUGCUUUGUAAAUUGCAAAUAAAACCCGAGCAAAUCCUAUGAUGAAGAAACAAUGUACGUACAAAGUUAUGAAUGUAACAAAUGAUUGUAUUGGUGUAGCAAAAAUAUGAGAACAGUCUUUGGUCUGAAUAUGGAUGACCUUGGCAUAAUAUAUAUGAUUAACUUCAACAUAUGUUUGGAAUAUUGUCACAAAACCGUAUCCCUGUUCUGGAACUUUGCAUAGUAACACCUUAUCUUACCUAACCUGGCACCAUGAAUGUUCUUGACUUUGUAAAAUUGUAGUACAUUAAGUAAAAGCACCAAAUGUGUUAAGGUUAAAGCACCAAACAAAAUACAAAGCAAACUGGUACUACAGUCAAACCUGUACAAAUGACCACAUCUGCGUAAGGACCAGCUGGCAGUUGUGACAAAUUUUGUCUAUAGUGACCACAAGUUCACAUACAGAUGUUAUUGGUCUCCUAAGUGGUCUUAUUACUAAGUAGGCAGUUUUAACUGUAUAUAAAAAAUGACCAUAAAGCUAUAUGAGUGUUUGAACAUACGUUGGGAAUGGUGCAGAGUAUCUGAUACACAGAUAUGGCUUUUUUGAGACAAGCAUGAAGUUCAUCUGUACAUAUACCUUAAAAGUCAUGAGCAUCAUGAUUCUGAAUUGUAACUAAGCGUCUUCCAACACUAGAUAUGGCUUGAGAUACUGAGGUAGUCAUGACAGUUGCCAUACUCCAUAUCACACAGUCACUUCAAAUUUUGAAGGCAAUCUCUUACGUUUCAGCUCCUAUUUCUGCGACAAACGGCUUUGUUUAACCUUUGCAAUGCUACCUAACCCAGUAUCCAAUAGAGCUAAAGGUUGGUACCAGAUACCUACCUUAGCAGGUUUUGGUUAUACUAUAUAGCUACUUGCACCACCUCAAGCUCAGCUUGUGGCAGAACUAUCCAUACUUGAUCAGGCUUUAAAAAGAAUUCAGGCUAUUCUAUACCACUGCAAGAUACACCAUAUUUCUGAAAGGGCUCUAGGCAUUAGUAUCAAUAAUAUUGAAAAUAUUAAUUAUCAACUGUACAUAACAUAUCAUGUUAGGCAUGAAUGUUGUAUAUUGGAAUGAACUAUGUACAAAAGAGAGAGAUGAAGUACAAAAUGUGACUUAUUUUUGGUUACAUGUGCAUCUCUCUAUUUGAUGGAAUCUACAAUACAUCACGAUAUGUUUGACUAUGACAUUUUACUAUCGUAUCAUACAAUAAAGCCCACAAAUGGACUCUAAGAAUGGUAUUUGAAGUGUUCCAUCUCAGAUUGUCGUACGUCUUGAACAAAUACACUUUUACAUUUAUGUUUUUUUAUGUUUUUUCAUAUCUUGUCCAAAUAUUGGAUGCUAUUAUUGACCAUACAUUCAGAGAAUCUAGUCAGGGGUAAGAAUUUUGUUUUUAGUACAAUUUUUGUCAUUUUCAUUGUAAGAUGGACAAG